AUGGCAGCACUCGGCGAGAUCAUCUCCUACAUGCCGUUAUCCCACGGUUUCGGUGGUUACGCAACCCGCUUCGUGGACCCUGCGCUGGGCUUCGCCACCGGUUACUCCUACUUCUUCAAGUACCUCCUUGCAACUCCGAACCAACUCUCCGCAUUCGCUCUCAUUAUGAAGUUUUGGGUCGGUGAUCGUGUUAGCCCGGCCAUCUUCAUUACCAUCGCCCUCGUCCUCAUUCUCGUCAUCAACAGCGUCAGCGUCAAAGCUUUCGGCGAGUUCGAAUUCUGGUUGUCGUCAUUGAAGGUGUUGAUAAUGGUAGGUGUUAUUCUCCUGCUCUUUAUUCUUGCAGUUGGUGGCGGCCCGACCGGCGAUCGCCCUGGGUUCAGGUACUGGUCCAAUCCGGGAGCAUUUGCGGAAUACAAGGUCGAUGGUGAUAAGGGCCGGCUGCUUGGUGUAUGGAGCGCGAUGGUUGCAGCUGUGUACGCCUUCUCUGGUACCGAGCUUGUGGGUGUCACCGUUGGCGAGGCCAAGAAUCCGCGACUGAGUAUGCCGAAGGCUAUCCGCCUUACCUUCCUCCGCAUCGUCUUCUUCUAUGUAAUCUCGGUCUUUCUGCUUGGACUCGUUGUUCCCUACGACAGUCAGGAUCUUGCUUUUGCUGCCGGUGCCAAGACCAGCGCAGCAGCCUCUCCUUUCGUCGUAGCCAUUAAGAUCGCCAAGAUCAAGGGCCUUGAUCAUGUCAUCAAUGGCUGCUUGGUGGUCUUCGUCUUCUCGGCCGCCAACUCGGAUAUCUACAUCUCAUCCCGUACGCUGUAUGGCAUCGCAAUUGAUGGAAAGGCACCUCGAAUCUUCACGCGUACAACGAAGGCUGGCGUGCCCUUUGUAUCUUUGGCUCUCUGCGGCGCGUUCUGUGGCUUGGCGUACAUGUCUGUCAGCUCGAGUGCUGCGACGGUGUUCAACAACCUUACGAGCAUCGUCACGGUAUUUGGACUUCUGACCUGGAUUUCCAUUCUCAUAUCCCAUAUCUUCUUCUGUAGAGCUCGUGAUGCCCAAAACAUCGACGCUGCCUACAUCCCUUACCGUGCUCCUUUUGGCUCAUGGGGAUCAUACAUCGCUCUCUGCUUUCUGAUCAUUCUCACCUUCACAAAGGGCAUUGAAGUAUUCGUCGGCACCUUCGACUACAAGAGCUUCAUCGUGCAGUACAUCGGCAUCCCAGUCUAUCUCUUUUGCAUAUUCGGCUAUAAGAUCGUCAAGAAAUCGCACCGUGUACGGACCAAGACGGCGGAUCUCGUAACCGGGGUGCCAGAAGAGACCGUGGCAGAAGAGAAGACUGCAGUGGAGAUGGCGAGGAGAGAGAAGGAGGCAGCGGCAGGGCAGAAGGGCGUCAUUGUCAAGAUCUAUCGCAAGGGGUUUGCGUGGCUUUUUUAG